AUGAUGCCCCGGCACAUGGUGGCUGUGCCUAGGUUGGUAAAGCGACAAGACAAGCAAAUGCAGGAGGAUGAUGACAGUGAGACAAAAAGGAACCCUUAUUUCAGACACUUUUCUCAGGGGCUCAGCAACAGAACCCCAUAUUACUCCAAAGACAUAUGCAAAUGAGAAUAUAAUCCACCCAAAACAGAGAAAGAAUCGCCCAAAGCAGAGAGCCCUGCAACCAAUCCAUCUGCUAAUUCCACCAGGCCUGCCAUUAACUCAACCACCGCCAACGCUCUAAGCCAAGGAGGGGAUCAGGGCGGGAAUGUCACCCACAUUGGCAUCAGUACAACAGGGAAUGGGAUCAAUUCCCAGAAUCCCAAGAGCAAUCCAACCACUGAGAGUUGUGGGAAACAGCUGACAAGCCAGCCAUCCCCUUAGGGUGUCUUUUUAGAUACAAGAAUGUUAACCAGUCACCGUGACUGGGAAAGACAGGCAGUUAACCCGUCCUAUCCUGAAAGAGAAGGUUUUCCCUCUCCAGAAGAUGAGGUGUGGAACCACCAGCAAAACGCCCCAGUCUUUGAAGCAGGCACAAUGGGGCAGUGCGAAGGUUCCGUGUAUCCAUCAGGUACCUCGUUGGGCCACAGGAGGAGCAUUUCCUACCCUGACCGUUAUUCCUAUGCUCAAAGGGGAGAUGCACUUUACUCUAGGGGCAGAUUUUGGGAUGACAGAAAAAAUUCUCCUGGCAUCGGCCCAGGAGGGCAACUGGGAACCCCCUUGUAUCCGCCAGAUUCUCCUUCAAGUCAGAGGCAAGGAAGCCGCUAUUAUCAAAGCGAACCCUUCGAUCAGCUAGGGCACGAGUCUUACCCUGGACAAAGAAAAUGGGGCCAUGAGCAGCUCUUGCCUGAGGACUGCCCAGCUGGCGAACAUGGAAACCCACAGUACAUGCCGCAUGAGCCAACAGAGCAGCAGGUCUAUUUCCAUUAUCCUACAGACAAUCGAUCCAACCUUGGGAGAGAUUUACCGUAUAAUGAAAUUAACCCCUGGGCUCCUGAAGAGAAUUUUCCAGCUGAUGACAUGUCCCUCCCUCCCAAAGUAACAGGAAAUAUGCCAUUUCUUUCAAGUGAUGGACACCAGCCCGUCACCGUGUCAGUCCCAGAUGGCAACCUAGCAGAUCACAGAGGGAGUGCAGCGUAUCCUUCCUCUGGCCAUUUGUGCUGUACGGGGAAUUGUCCAGCACCAAAAGAAUAUCCGUUAGCACCGCUAGACUUUCCCCCAAUCAGAUUCUCUUCUUGGGAAUAAAGAGGAAGCGCACAAUAUCCUGAAGGUAGUCACUCAGAGCAUGCCAGGCAUGUUUGAUACCCAGCUGGUAUUCAGAUUAGUCACAGGAACAGCUCCCUGCUGCUUGGAAAACCUCCUUCACCCUCCCCCGCCUGCACCUACUCCACAAGAAAAUGGAGAGGGAACAUCAGAUCAGGAAAGGAAUAUGCUCUACUCUGCAAUCACAUUAGGGCAGCAAGAGGACACGGAUCCUAG